AUGGCGAGGAAGAAGAAAGCAAUACUGAAUAUUUCUACGACGAAAGUUGCAGCGAAGUCUCCCUCAGUAAGUUCUCACACUUCAGGCACCAGUACUACUCAAAAUGAUGCCCAAAAUGCAAACCCAGAUGCUCUGGUUUUUGACUCAGAUGGCGAGGAGCUGAUGCAUUCUCCUCUAGUCCACCCUUCGGCUGGUAUGAUUCCACGCAAACUUCAUGAUACUAUUUUGUUAUUGGAUCAGAAUUUGGGGGUUGGUUGUAAUAAUACUGUGGGUGGAACUAACCCUCAGGGGAAUGGAGAAUCUGUUGAUAUUGGGGAUAUUGGGGGAAAUAACACUGAACCUGGGGUAGUUGAACCUCCGAUUGUUAAAGAACCAUGGAAAAAUCUGUUCACUGGAUCUAAAAUGGCUUCAAAAGGGGCGUCCCUAUCAUUUGUUACACCUGUGCUGCAGGAUGGGAAGAAAAUUGCUCAAUUGCAGGAGGACGAAAUGAAUGAACUCACUGAGAAAUGGAAAUCAUCUAUGGUGAUGUAUGUGGUAGGGGAUUCCCCUACUAUAGCUUCUGUGAAAAGAUAUAUGGAAGGGAUGUGGAAUUCUGUUGCUCAGCCUCAGGUGUUUUACCAUGAUGAUGGUUACUUCAUCAUCAAGUUUGUGAACAUGAAGGACAGAAACCAGAUUAUUGCAGGAGGACCUUAUACAUUUUAUGGGAAACCAGUUAUCAUUAAACCCUGGAUAGCAAACUUUAAUUUCUAUGAAGAAGUACUUAGGGUUAUCCCUUUGUGGGUGAGAUUUCCUAAUCUGCCACUCAAUUGUUGGGGGUGUGAUUCACUAAGCAGGAUUGGUAGUCUGUUAGGGGUGCCACUCUUUGCUGAUGAAUGCACUACUAGGCAAGAUAGAGUAUCUUUUGCUCGAGUGUUGAUAGAAAUGGAUAUCACUAGCCCAUUGCCUGAUUGUGUCUGGAUAGAGGAUUCAAAGGGAGGGAUGUUCAAGCAAGCUGUUACUUACGACUGGUUGCCACAAUAUUGUAAAGUUUGCUGUACUGCAGGCCAUGAUUGUACUAAAAAGACUAAACCACUAGUACCAAAACCUGUAGCCAAAAAGGUGUGGGUUCCUAAAGCUGUCCAACAAGCACAUCCAGUGUCAGAACAACAGGAGCAACCUAAUGCUGUGCACACUCCUGAGAUGCCUGUUAACAAUGUAUCUGAUCCUACUCCAUGGAAAAUUGUGACAAGAAGGACUAAGGGAUUGUCUAGAAUGAGGACUUUGAGCCCUAGCAACCCAUUUACUGUGUUGCCUGCAGAAUUGGGUUUCAAAGAAUUAACAGGAGGUGAUAUAGAGAUGCAAAAUACUACUGAACCCCCUGAUGAAGAAGAAACUAGAGUUAAGGAAAGCAAUUUCUCUAGAGUAGUCAAUAAGUUUGGGAGAAAUUGGAAAUGGGAAAAUAAUUACACUGCAAACCCCAGAGGUAGAAUUUGGGUAGGCUGGCUUUAUCAAGAAGUUGAUAUCCAUGUAUUACAGGUGCAUGAACAAUUUAUUCACUGUGAAAUUAGGGAUAGGUAUGGAGUGGUGGAAUUGUAUGUUACUCUGGUGUAUGGUCUUCACUCCAUUGACACUAGGAAGAAUUUGUGGAACUCUCUUACUACUCUUGCCUCAAGUGUAGGUAGCUGUCCUUGGGUCAUUACUGGUGAUUUUAAUUCUCCCCUGUAUGCAGAUGAUAGAAUCAAUGGUACUCCUGUUUCAGCAACAGAAACCAAGGAUUUUGAUGAGUUUAUUACAAGUAAUGGGCUGUGUCCUGUAAAGAGUGUAGGACAUUAUUUCUCUUGGCACAAAGGCACUGGUGAAGGUAAAAUUGCUAGCAGGAUUGAUUGGUGUUUGGGAAAUGAUGAAUGGAUUCAUAAAUUCAGUAAUGUUCAGGUUGAAUACCUAAACCCUUCCAUCUCUGACCACUCCCCUUUACUGAUAAACUGUCUGCCAGACAAGGUGGAGGGGGGUAGACCUUUCAGAUUUCUCAAUUAUUUGGCUGAUCAUAGUAGUUUUUCUGCUAUUAUUCAGGCAGCUUUUACUGAAGUAUGCCAUGGCACUCCUAUGUUUAAGCUCUGGUGUAAGCUGAAAAAAGUCAAGGCUGAACUCAAGAAGUUACAUAGAGAAGACUUCUCUGGUAUUACUGAGAAGAUUACCAUUGCUAGAAGUGAGCUUGAUAAGGUUCAACAGAGUUUGCAAACUGGUAGAUCUCCUGCUCUUCUCAACCAAGAGGUGGUGUGCAUUAAACAGCUUAGGCAUUGGCUGAGAAUUGAUGAGAUAGCAUUGAGACAAAAAUCUAGGAUCCAAUGGCUAAAUCUAGGUGAUUCUAACAACCACUUUUUCUUUUCCACUGUGAAAGAAAGAGUUAGAUUCAAUAGCAUUGCCAUCCUAUAUGAUGAUAAUGGCACUAAAUUGGUUGAUCCUGAUCUAAUUCAAGCAGAAAUUCUGAGUUUCUACAAAAAGCUGCUUGGCACUUCUGCAAACACUCUUCCCUCUAUUCACAUUCCAACAGUGAGAAAUGGCUCUAGGCUAAAUAAUGAUGCUAGACAGGAUCUGUGCAGGGAUGUCACUGAUGAUGAGAUUGAUUUGGCAUUACAUGGGAUUGGCAAUAAUAAGGCUCCUGGUCCAGAUGGUUUAAAUGCAGUCUUUUCAAAAAGGCUUGGCCUGUCAUCAAACAGGAUAUUUAUAGAGCAGUGA